UUUCAAUUUGUAUCUUUUUAGCAUCUACCAAUCCAUAAUCUGCGAUUCAUCUCUCAAUCUCCAUCGGAAAUUAAUCUGCAAUUCAAUCUCCUAGCCCUAGGGCGAUUAAUCUUCAAUUUUUAAUUUCUGACACCAGCGGGCAACGAAGUGACGGACCUAUUCAGUCGGUGGUCCGGUAGUGCUGAGACGGCGGAGGGGCAGUUGGCAAUUGGAAUUUCAAGGAAAAGGGGUUUCGGUGCCGGGGGUGUUUUUGGUACGAUUGAUUGAAGUUUGAGUAGGCAGAGGCUUUGGGUGGUUUAACCCCCUUUUAUACUAGCUAUGGGAAGAAAACCUGGAAAGUACAAGAAGAGGGAAAGCAGCCGGACAAGCAAGUCUUCAAAAACAGACUUCUACAAUGAAGAUGAUGACAUGAUAAACGACGAAAUUGAUGCCUUUCACAAACAGAGGGAUAUGAUUCCGCUGGACAUUGACAAAGACUCUAAUGAAGAGUCUGAUGAAGAUAGCGAACACCCUGUGUAUGAUUUAGAGGAUGAAGAAGAAGAAGAGGAUGAUGACGAUGGUGACUACAAUGACAGUUUUGCUACUAAGAUUUCAAGGCAACUUAAGUAUAUGAAGGCUAAAACUGGCGGGGUUGAUGAUGAAAUGCAUGAUGGCGCUGAUGAAAAGGAGAACGAGAAAUCUGUGUGGAGUCAUUAUAAGAAAGCUUAUUACGACGGUGAAGAUUUAAACUCAAGUGAUGAUGAAAAGCAUAAUCUUGAAGAGGAAGUGGCUUUGAGGAUGCAGAAGGAGAAGGCUAAAGGUCUGACAUUGGAAGACUUUGGUCUUGAAGAUGAUACAGAGGCAACAUUUGAGGAAAUUAUUACCCAAGGGAAACCUGCUGCAAGAAUUGACACAGACAAAGAGGAACUCGGUGGAACUAGAAUUGCCUAUGAGAAAAUAAAGAGAGAUCUUAAUGCCUUGACAAAGGAAGAGCAGAUGGAUGUUGUCUACAGCUCUGCCCCAGAAUUAGUUGGUUUAUUGUCUGAGCUUAACGAAGCACUUGAGGAACUUGAUAACAAAGUAAAUCCACUCUUGACCAAGAUUAAUGUUGAAAAUGGAAAGAAAGGGGAGAUGAAUUACCUGGAGGUAAAAAAGCUGCUUCUACUCUCAUAUUGCCAGGCUAUAACCUUCUACCUGCUUCUUAAAUCAGAAGGGAAACCAGUUUGUGAUCAUCCUGUUAUUUCUUGCCUUGUGGAUAUAAAGUCUUUGUUGGAUAAGAUGGGAGCGCUUCAAGGAAAUCUUCCUUCUGACCUUGAAACUCUUGUGAGCAAGUGUUGUGGUACUGAAGGCAAAGAGGAAUUGGUUACAGAGGGUGACCCCUUUAAAUCCGAUUGUCCUCCAGAUGGUAAUCCCUCUUUGGCUUUAGAUAACACUAAAGGAACCACGCCCAAUGGAGCUGUCGAGUUAGUGGAGUUCAACAGUCCAAAGGAUAAGAAAAAACAUUCAAAGCGGAAGUUUCAGGAUGACCAAAUAGGUACAGAAAGCAUGGAAAUGUUGAAAAUAAGAGCAGCUCUAGAGGAGAAUCUCAAACAGAAAGGUCUCUUCAGUUCUUUAGCAUCUAAAAAUGAGAGUUCAAGGAAGCGUCUCCAACCAAUUAAUGGGCAACUGGCAACCUCUGGAGAUUUUGAUGAUGACGCCAUAGACCUUGGGGCUUCUUAUAGAAUGGUGAAUGGUAAUGCAGGCUUCACACAUUCAAGGGAAUUAUCUCAGCUCAUGACCAAAGUUAAUAAAGCCAGGGUUAUAUCUGGGGAUGAUGACUUACCAAAGAGAGAUGAUGUUGGGGAGAGGCGGAGGAAGCACGAGCUUAGAGUUCUUGCUGGAGCUGGCAUCAAACCAUCUGCUACUGAUGGUGAAAAAGAAGAAGAGCCUGCGGGACACACAAAUGACGAUGAGGUUGAUGCAAGUGAUGGUGACUCAGACUUAGAGUUUUACAAAGAAAUAGAGAAAAAACAUUCUGAGAAGGUUGCUGCUAAACAAAACAAGUAUUCAAGGCCCAUGUUAGAACCAUAUCUCCCUGAAACAAUAGCAGAAGACGGGAAGCGCCACAUUUCGCAGCAGAUCGAGAAGAACAGGGGCUUAACUCGGCAUCGCAACAAGCGAGACAAAAACCCAAGGAAGAAGUACAGGACAAGACAUGAGGGCGCUGUCAAGCGUAGGAAAGGACAGGUGCUGGAUAUCAGGAAGCCGUCUGGUCCUUAUGGAGGAGAAGCUACUGGCAUUAAUCCUGCUCGCAGCCGUAGCAUCAGAUUCAAGAAUUGAUUUUUAUUUUAGAUUGUUCAUAAAUUUUGUUUCAUUUUCUUUUUCAAGAUAUGGAUUUCUAGCUGAGAGCAUUUCACUCUUCCAAGUGUUUCAAUCAUACUCCGGGGUAUUUUACUUUGUUAAAGAGUGGUCAAAACAGGCUAUUUAUGGGGUCAUUCAAUGUUUUUUCAAUUUCACAAUGAAGAUAAAAGGGGUGUGUUUAUGUGUCUAAGUGAUGAUUACGGAGUAAUUUGUGGCUGAUAAGUAGUUUUUUUAUUUAUAAGUUGCUAAUUGAAGUAUUUAUUAUUUACAAGUUGCUUAUUGAAGUAUAUUUUGCAAAGCGACUUAGACUCCGUUCCG